AGUAAGCAAACUUAAAUUGUGUGACAAAACGAGAUCAUACAACACAGGAGAGCAUGAUUGGGGGGAUGGAAGAAUGGAAAACACAAGGCCAGUAUAAUGGAGUGAUGUAUCUCAGCAAAGAUGGUGACAGGCCUAGGCUGGGAGAGAGAGCAGGGUACAGUAGCCAGGCCAGGAGUGGGAGCGAUGUGUGAUGGUGAGGCAAGGGGAUGGAGCAUUGUUCGCAUCCAAGCUAGGGGGUGGAUUUGCAUCUAUAACCAAGCAAGGGGGUGGAGCUGCGUCCACAUCCCAAAAACAGGGCAGAGCAGCAUUCACAAACCUGCAAGGGGGCAGAGCAGCAUCCUCACCUGAGCAUGGAGGGGGAGCAGCAUCUUCACCCAAGCAGGUAGACAGUGUGGCAUCCUCACUCAAGCAGGCAGGCAGAGUGAUAACUUUGGGAGGGACAGGUGGGGUGAAAUUCUCCACAAGGCACGGGGGCAGAGCGGUGUUCUCCAAAGAGCAAGGAGGUGGAGCAAGGUCCCCUGUGUAGCUGGGAACCGGGGGAAUGUCCAAGAUGGGGAAGGAAGGGUGGGUGACAGCUCCAGUCAGGGCAAGUGGGGGAGCAACCAACAUGGCAAGGUCAGGAGGGGGUGAGGCCAACAGGUAGGAGUGACAUACAAUGGCGAGGCCAGGUGGGGAAACAACAUAUGCAGUUGAACAGAGUGGGGCAACAUGUGCAGCCGAGUAAAGUGGUGGGAGCAGGGCAAGGGAGUGACAUCCUCCACAGGGCUGGGGGCAGAUUGACAUCUUCUAUGGAGCAAUUAGGUGGAGUAAUAUUCCUUCAAUGGUAGGGUAUGAAAGGUGGGUAACGGUACCAGUCAGGCCAGGCAAAAAGAACAAAAUAAACCGUAACACUUGAACUAGGACCACAAAAGUUAAACACUAGGUCUAGCAAUACUAUAGCUGAAAAGAUAGAAAUACUAUCAAGAGGAACCGGUAGCAAAACAGUUACAAAACAAAAAUUCUGACAGAACAGGAAUUAAAUGGUGUGACACUAAUAACAUCAUUCAACACAGGUGAGUGUGAUUGUUGAGAGACUGGUUUAGGAACUGGAAAACAAAUUAAAGUAAAAAGUCCAAGCAAUGUGCACAGGGUUGCCCUCUGGUGGUUUGGUGGCAAAAUGUUCAGGGUAGCUGUGACACCAAGUGAAACCAAACCAAAGUGGGGGAAUGAGAGAAUGUGAUUUACUGAUAAGCUUAACAUAGUCACAGGCUAUAAUCAUCAUAGAAUUCUUUUUUACUGCAAAUUCAGAAAACUCCGGCUGAGCAGACAGCUAAUGAAUAUUAUAUUUGACAAGAUUUAGUCAAACUUUCCCAUGUCAGACAACUGGGAAAAAGUAGCUUUACAUUCGACUGUUACUGUUACAUUGCUGACACUGGUGACUCUAAGGAUCUAAUGCUAAAUUAACAUCUUCAUCAAAAAAUUACACAAGGUUUUAAACAAAAGAGGUCAAGAUAAAUGCGAUUGUUGAUUUCUUAGAACGGACUCUUUAUUUUACCCUUCAGGCUACUGAAAAUGUAAAAAUCUGAAAGAGCGGUGAAUACUCUGUGGUUUCUACACCCACAGCUGGAAUGCAGAUAGCCAAGUGUGCUCCAGAAAAGAGCUUGGAGUUUCUUUAUGUUCCUCAUUGAAACUAAUCAUGGCUGCCUUUGGCUGGAUUUGUGCUAUUUCGACCAGGACCCUGUCUGUGUGGACCGUGACUGGAGCUGUCGAUAACACAACACACACUCUUUCAUUGUACCGGAAUGGAAUCUGGUUGAACUGGCAGGAACCGAGGGUAGGAGACUUGCAUUGCCACUUCUUUCAGUCGCUUUUGUCCCUGGCUGGUUACUUUAACUCCUGGAAAAUAUCUCUUGAUGUUUUGAUUGGACUCAGAGUCAUUCCCAUAGUGCUCUACAUAGUGGCCUUGACUGUGUUUGCUCAGAAUGUGCAAAUCAAGGCAGCAGCUGGAUUUAUUUUUGUUUUUUCUGGGCUACAUAUACUGGUGAUUAUGAGCUGGAUCACUCAUUUCACAAACAGUGAUUUGGACACAUCUAUUCUUUUGAAAAGGGUAUGGGGAGCAUCUUUAUACUUUGGCUGGAUUGGCAUGGUGUUGUUUCUGAUUGGACUAGUGUUGAGUACUAGGUGGUUAAAAUCAGCUCCUGAGCAACAAGCAGAGACAAGGUCAGACGCAUAGGGUCGAUCCUUGUGGAAGUUCAUGGUGUACCCACUGCAAGUCCAUACAGACAAAACAAAGGACCUAUUGAAAUAAUCAUUUUUGUUCUGAACGCUCGCUGACCUCAUGAUACUGUAAAACCUGCUAUGUUCUGCUGACAUAAUUUUGUACAUUCGAGACUGUUUGAAUUGACCGAAACCCUGAUAAGGAACUUCUUACCAUUCAUUCCAUCUGAUUAUCUGUAUGAGCUCACUUUAAGGCUUGAAAUGUUUCACUUUCAUAUUUCAUUAUUCAGACUCCAGUCAGAAUCCAAUAUGUCUGUUCAAGCUACAAUUCUCAAAUAUACAAUUUUUACAUUGUUUAUUCUAUAAGUAUUACUGUAAUACACAAGACUUCACUAUAUGUAAUUUACUAGUAAAUGUGCAUAAGGAAUGAGACAUGAGAAAUGAUAUAGAUUCAA